AUGGGGAUUCCCUUUGCCGCGCCGCCAAUUGGAAAAUUGAGAUUUGAGAAACCCCAACAACCCAUUCCUUGGACAAAACCAAUAAACGCUACUGCUUAUUCGAAGGGAUGCAUCCCAUGCGUGAAACCAGAAACAAAAGCCGAACAAGCACUUGUCAGCGAGGAUUUUCUCUAUUUGAAUGUUUGGUCACCAAAUCUACAGAAUUUUGCUCGUCGUGGAAUCGUUGUUGUUACAAUCCAGUACCGUCUUGGACCUUUCGGUUUCUUAACGUUAAAUGACUCCUCGAUCACUCCAAAUCUCGGUCUUUGGGAUCAAGUUUCUGCUAUGCAAUGGAUUCAGGAGAAUAUUGGACGAUUUGGUGGCAACAGCAAGCAAGUCACAAUUAUGGGCGAAUCGGCAGGUGCCGAAUCGGGCUGUGGACCGGAUGAUUUGAACUUCUUGGGAUUCGCUCCAAUUGUUGACGGAGAUUUUCUCCCAAAUCAACCAGAAGUUUCACUAAAGAAUGUACCCAAAUACCCAACGAUUCUUGGAUUAAAUCAACUCAAGGAUCCACUCAUACAAGCGAAUUCCCAUACACUUUUGGCA